AUGAAUAAAAAAUCCUUAUUCUUUACUGCAAUCCUUUUAGGCUUGAUAAGUUGUUGUGGUGAUAACUAAACAUUGGUAACAGUUGCACUCGUCGAUUAUUGUGUUUGUAACGAGGGCUACUACGGAAAAUUAGGACAGUAAUGUUAAUAAUGCCCUUAAGGAACUACAUCUAUAUCACCUUAUGAUCUACCUAAUACAUCUAUUGGCUAUUGUUCUAAAUGCUUAAAAAAUUACUUCAUGUCAAAGAAAAGUUAUAUUCCUUCUCCUAAUUCCCUUUAAAGUGAAUCUCCUGCUACCUGUAAUCCAUGUCCUUCAGGUUCAGGAAAUAGCAGUGGAUCUUAUAGUCCUGGAGAUCAAACUCAAUGCGACACAUGUUAACCUAAUUACUUUAUGACAGCUGCAGUUUCAUAAACUUAAGCAGCUUAAUGUUCUCCUUGCCCACAUAAUUCUGGUAACCAAGGUGUAAAUGCUGCUGGAGAUUAAUCUUAAUGCAAUUAAUGUCAGGAUAAUUCCUAUAUGACUGCUCCUGCAUAACAUGGAUAAUCUGCUUAAUGUUCUCCAUGUCCUCCAAAUUCUUAUAGUAGUGCUCCAAAUUCUGUAGGUUUCUGCACGUGCUUUGAUCCAUUUGCCAUCUCUUUAUCAUCCACUCAAAAUUCUUGCGUUUGCUAAAGUGGGUACGCAGGAAAUGUAGCUACAGCUAAAGGUUAAAAUGGUUGUUAUAAAUGUGGAAAUAAUUAAUUUAUUUCAGGAAAUAAAUGUGUGUCUUGUGCAGAUGGUUCAACAGUUAAUAAGGAUUUAACUGGUUGUACUUGCAACGAUACAAGUGAUGGUACUAUUGCUUGGAGCUCUAACACUAAUAUUUGUUAGUGCAAACCAAACUACUAUGGGUCCCCUGAUAAAGCCUCUUAAGGAUCCUCAGGAUCUUGUAAGCCGUGCCCUCAAGGUUCAACCUCUUAAGUUGGAUCUAAAACAGCAGAUUAAUGUUAAAAGCCUCCUUCAGAUAAUCAAUCUUAAUAUUCAUACUCUUUAAUAAUUUCAAAUUCUCUUCUUAUUAGUUUUAUUUUUAUUAUAUUUUAUUGA